AUCUCUCUCGUUCUAUCUCUGUCUGCGUGUUACUGUGAGUGGAGCUAGAGCAGUCACAUUCACAGCCCAUGAGAAACCCAUAAAGAAAAUCUUUGAAAUUGUUAGCAAAAGAGUUCAGAAAAUCAGAAAAGGGUUUCUAAAUGGAGGACAAUCAGGAAGUAGAUGACAGUCAGUCUUUAGAGAUUCCAGAGAGCACACCUCAGAAGAAGCAAAAAACCCUUGAGGAGAUACUUUCUAGGCACAGGAAAGAGAUUGCCCAGCUGCAAAACAAGGAAGUUGCACUUAAGAAGACAGCAGCUAAAGGCAGCAAGGCUGAACAGAAAGCUAAGAAAAAACAAGUGGAGGAAGAGAUAUCACAACUUUCUGCAAAGCUUAAAGAAAACCAUGCAGAGGAACUAGCUUCUUUAGGGUAUAACAGUACUAAGAAGGAGGAGAGAGGCAAUCUAGACAGUUUGGUGAGGGCCAUAGCUGGGGUUUCUGUCACUGGUCAACCGGACCAAUCAAAGCCCAGUAAGAGUGUCAAGCGACGUGAGAAAAGAGCACAAGAAGAAGCAGCCAGAGAGCAAAGAAUACAAGAAGAGCAGAGCAAAAUUACAAGUGAUCGAAUGAUUGAGAGCGAAAAGUUGGAAAGAAAGCUAGAACCUCUUGGCUUGACUGUGAAUGAAAUAAAACCAGAUGGGCACUGUCUCUACCGUGCCGUUGAGGGUCAGCUCGCCCUCAUCUCAGGCAGUACUUCUCCAUAUACUUACCAAGAACUUCGAGAGAUGGUGGCUGCUUACAUGAGGAAACACGCGUCUGAUUUUGUUCCCUUUUUCCUGUCUGAGAGUAUGGCAGAUGGAGACUCUGAUGGUUCUCUUGCAGAGAGGUUUGAGAAUUACUGUCGAGAAGUGGAGUCAACAGCAGCAUGGGGAGGACAAUUAGAGCUCGGUGCUUUAACUCACUGCCUGAAGAAACACAUCAUCAUAUUUUCAGGAUCCUUCCCUGAUGUCGAGAUGGGAAAGGAAUACAAAUCCGAUAGUAGCAGAACUGGCUCAUCCAAUUCCAGUGUCAUGCUAUCAUACCAUAGGCAUGCAUUUGGACUUGGCGAGCAUUACAAUUCUGUCGUCCCAGUUUGAUAAAUAGGUUUCAUUAUAAUAUCCUAUAGGGAGAGAGUUAUGACUAUUGUCUUAUGUUUCUUUGUAACGUGCACAACUUUGUGUUGAAUUUUAAUUAUAACCCUCUAUGGGUAUUUUUAUUUUGUUGUGUUAUUACAGUUGGAUGGUGAGGACUUGGUUUAACCCGACGCCCGCGGUUUCUUUGAUUGGCGGAGCUGAGCCCAUCUGCAUGUCAUAAGAGUAUGUUUCUGCUGCUUGAGUUAGCUUGAGUGAAUGCUAUGAUAGGUUGAAAGUGAGACAAUGCUCAAGAGUUCCAUAAUUUGUUGCUGGAGGCAAUAGAGUACAUUUUUGGAUUCUAGAGUGAAGAAUAUAAAGUUGUUGUGCAAUCCACUGGUGCUUGGGGCAGAUUGGCAGUAACUUUUGAACAGCAAGCUAUAAGGCAAGAUGUAAAAAACUGUUUGUU